ACUUCCUCGAGAAGGUAUUGGAGAAAAAAUUGAUCACCCUGUAUAUAUGGUCUCAUGAGGUGCCAUCUACAUUUUUUACCCCAUCAUACGAACAGUCAUGUCAGGUAGGCAUCUUAUCUAUCUUGAUUGCACUUGCUGCCUAAUUAUGAUAGUUACUGAAAGAUGGAGCCAGCUAUCCAUUUGAGCUGUAGGUAUAAGGAUGGCGAAUGGCUCUACGCGUUCUUUCUUUUUUUAAGUAGUUUUUCUAAUUCACAAAUUGACAUUUCUCUUAUUUUCUGUCGGUUCUCGGUUGUCGGUCGGUUCUGGUUCUAUCAUUCUGUGAUAGUUUUAUAGAAUAUGGAGGUUUUCGUUUAGUUUGAUUGAGACGUUUUAUUUUCUUUAAAUCGUCACGAUAAAAAUAAGAUUUUUCCAUUCAAAUUUUACAAAAACACCUCCAUUACUAACAGCAGCGCAAGAAAAGUCACAAGUUCGGGUUUGAGCCUGCCAAAAUCUCGUAAAGUGAGGUUAUGUGAUUCCUAGCUCACGCUUUUGUUGUUGAAAAUUGUCAAAAGGAAAAAGUAAAGAAUGGCUGAAAACAGUGGUAGUACCAAUGUAAUGAGUGAAUUGUCUACAAUCCUCAGAACCUGGGAGGAUGAAAACAACAAUCCUAACUAUGACCCUAUACCUACACUCACCAAAUUAGCGGAAAUUGUGGAAGUAGAAACUGAAAAUUACUUAAAGAUGGAUCCAGAUCCCUUUGAUGAACGACACCCAUCUAGAACUGACCCAUCUUGUAAUCUUGGGCAAAUAUUGAAAGCAUUAUUCCGAAAAGAUAACUUCACCAACAAACUAAUAAAUGACUACAUGAGAGACAGUUAUUAUUCUAGAAUGGGCAUUUCAGGCAGAGAUGUAGAUCAACUGAAUAUUGCUGCUUGCAGAUUGAUGCUAGAUAUCAUGCCAGGGUUGGAUACAACAGUUGUAUUUCAGCCAGAGGCAGAUAGUCUGAUACAGCGACUGAUAAAAUGGGUGACAAAUUCUAUAGAGCCUCUACAAAGUUAUGCUACAGGACUCUUAGGAGCUGCCAUGGAGAUUCCAGAGAUCGCAACAAGGUUUAGAGAACAAAAUAGCAAAUUAAUACCUUUGUUACUUCAACGGCUUAGGAGAUUGAAACAUUCAUCAGAAUUCGCAUCUGCUUCUACUAGUUUUUCCAGACCCUUUGCUCAUUUUUCUACACUGAGGUCACCCCCUUAUAGAGCAGAUAAUAUGAUGAAAUCACCACCACCAAUUGUUAGAGAAAAUGGAGUUUUGCCUAUAGAUAGUGUUGAGACUCCUUCAAAGUCUGAUGAUACUGAAAAUGUGACAAAAGAGAAAAUCAAUGAAAGAGGUAUCAAAAGAAAACUAUCACUAGAUAGUGAAACUUCUCUUACCACCACAGAAUUAGUACCAACUGUAGAUUUUAGAAGAAAGCGUAACAAAAUGGAUGACAGCCUUGGAACAGUCUUCUUAGGUUCGGCUAGCCCUCAGAAGUCUUUUUCUGAGGCUAGCAACUCAUCAUGGGCAGAACUAGAGACAUUUGUCAUAGGUACUGUCCAGAUAUUUCCUCCAACAAUAGCCACAAGACAGAUUUUGAUUUUACGCUACCUUACCGCUAUGGGAGAUUAUCAAGAAUUUCUAAGUCAUGUUUUUGAGCAUAAUGCAUUGGAGUUAAUACUAUGUUAUGUCAAUGUUAGAGUGACUAGAGAGGCAAGAUUAGCUUUUGAAGCAUUAAAGUAUCUAGCUGCUUUGCUGUGCCACAAAAAAUUCUCAAUUGAAUUCAUACAGUGUAAAGGGUUGGAGGCUUUGUUGGAAGUACCUAGACCUUCAAUAGCGGCAACAGGUGUUUCAAUAUGUCUAUAUUACCUAGGAUACUGUGAAGAAGCUAUGGAGAGGGUAUGUCUCCUUCCCAAAUAUGUUGUAAGCAACUUGGUCAAGUAUGCAUUAUGGCUGUUAGAAUGCUCCCAUGAUUCAGGACGAUGCCAGGCGAUAAUGUUCUUUGGCUUAACUUUCCAGUUCAAGGUCAUACUAGAUGAGUUUGACUCUCAAGAUGGACUUAGAAAGCUGCACAAUGUGAUUGCUACAUUGCCAAUUCUCCUACCUGACAGUGAUACUGGGCAACUGAAUGAAGAGCAAGAAGGGGCUGCCAGGCAGAUAGUAAGACAUGUUUGUGUUGCUUACAGACGCUAUCUGGAAGCUCAUUUGGCUAUGAAAGUCGAGCUCAUAAGAAGGUCACAAUUAAGACCUAAUGAGAGACAGGUUGGGCCUUUGUUGCCCCCACAACCCUCCUAUAAGGCUUGCAAGUCAUCCCCAGAGGAGAUUCAGCAGCAAGUGGACAUGCUAUUUCAGAACAUGCCAUACCGCAGCCAUUGGGCUCCAGUGGAUCAGCUUUUGAAGCUUGGAGCCGUUACUUUGCUGUUGAAAAUCAUCGCGUUCGCUUACGAGUGGAACUACAGCGGAAGAGCUGAGACAGUCAGGAGCGCGUUGGACGUUCUUGCUAUUGCUUGCGUCAUUCCUAAGGUGCAGAUGCUGUUCUGUGAUAGGGUCGAUUUGCCAGAAGAAACAUUGACAGUUGGAAUGAACAUAAUUCUUGGAGCUGCAGAAGGCGAAAUAGUAGCUGAUGCAGACGUCCAAAAAGCUGCAUUACGAGUUAUUGGCAACUGUGUUUGUGCUCCUAUCAAUAGAGUUGGUGGCACCGUGGCCCGUUUCUCCACCAACACAACCAGCUCUCCAAACAAAAAAAUGAAAUACAAAAAUUCCGAAGAUUUGAUCCAGAAAGUGUGGGAUUGCGUGCGGUCCAACAGUGGUAUAAUGGUGCUGUUGCAGUUGAUGCAAGUCAAAACUCCUAUUACGGAUGCGGAUUGUAUCAGAACUCUGGCUUGCAGGGCGUUGGCUGGUCUGGCCAGGUCGGAAACCGUCAGGCAGAUCGUUUCAAAGUUACCUUUGUUCACAGGGGGACAGCUACAAAAUUUAAUGCGGGAUCCAAUCUUACAAGAGAAACGUCAGGAGCAUGUGAUGUUCCAGAAAUACGCAUUGGAACUCUUAGAGCUUCUUUCUGGCAAAGGAAAACAUACCAGCACGGACCUUGAGGCAUCUUUAGCUAACAUACACAGAGCGAAUGUGGUGGCUCAAACUAAGAUCCAGUUCAAUGACAGACAAUUGCUGCAACUCAUUCACCAUCAUUUAGUUCAAAAGGGCUUCACGGAUACGGCUGGCAUGCUGGUGAAGGAAGCCAGCCUUAGUAAUGCCAUCAUCUCCUGUGGAUCACAACAUCCAACCAAAUUCAGAUAUUCUUCAAUUUUGACUCCAUCCAGGGUACGACUGUCAUUUUCAUCUCCAAGUAUUCAUCGAGCAUUGCCGGCACCAAGUACAACAGAAGGACCAAUAAGUCAAGUCAACGGUGGAGUUAUCAAUCCUACGGGAAUCAAAAUUAUAAAGAAACACUCGAUUCCGCCGACAUCUCCUGCUCCGAAUUCCCGACUUCAGAAGCAAAUCAGCAGUGGAUUUGGAGAUCAUCACCACUCGUGGCAUCCUCAAGACGACUCCUUUCCAACUCCUAGCAAUGAACAACCCAGAGUGACCUUGGAGUCGAUCAUCACUGAAUAUCUCACCAAUCAGCACGCUCUAUGCAAGAACCCGAUGGCCGCCUGUCCUCAGUUCAACCUGUUCGUGCCGCACAAGUGUCCGGAUCCCAAACCGAGGAUAACAACUGCCAAUAACUUUGCUAUCAGACACGCCAGACGCCAAAUCGGCUACCAAUCGAAGAUCUUGGAUAGGCGAAUGGUACAUUCCAGGUUCUGUCCUGUGCAAACAAUUAGGUCUUCCACUGACGAAGGUUUCUUCACUGCCGCAAAGUUUAUGCCUGGUGGUCAGACAAUUGUAGUAGGAGAUUACAAUGGAGAAAUUCAUCUAUUCAACCACAGUGGCAAUGAAGUGGGAGGAUUUUCCGCUCAUGAAAACUACAUAGUCCACCUAGACCCCAACAGAACCGGGGACCUUAUGCUGACCAGCUCUACAUGGGGCAAGCCUAUUUCGGCUCUUUGGGAUAUGAAAAGCUCCAAUAUGAAGAUACCUUUUGACGACGAAGAGUACGUAGAAUUCAGUAAAGUGAACCAAGAUAGGAUAAUAGGUACUAGGGGUGAGAUUGCCACGAUAUAUGAUGCAUCCACCGGUCAAUCUGUGAUUAGUUUAGUUCCUCGGAUAAGCAACCAGUAUACCAAAAAUAAGGCAACCUUCAGUUAUAACGACGAGCUGGUACUAUCGGACGGUGUACUGUUUGACGUUAACUCAGGAAAGUCGAUUCAUAAGUUGGACAAGUUGAAUCAGACGCAAAGUGGAGUUUUCCAUCCCAAUGGCCUUGAGAUUGUAUCAAAUACAGAGGUGUGGGAUAUUAGGACGUUCCACUUGUUAAAGACAGUGCCAGCGCUUCAUCAGUGCUCAGUCAUAUUUUCGCCAGUAAACACAGCCAUAUACGCCAUCUCAAUGGAGCAGGAAAUGGACGAUGGUGACUCCACUUUUGAUUCCAGCUUCAAGACUGUUGAUGCCAUCGAUUAUUCCAGUAUUGCAACGAUCGACGUGAAAAGAAGCAUCUACGACCUAGCCGUAGACCGUUUCGACACCCAGAUCGCCUUGGUGGAAAAUCAAGGCAUGUACAACUCGGUCCAGGAGUCUGUGGUUCGCAUCUACGAUGUGGGCCGAAGGAGGGACGAUGAGGACGAACAGGACGAAGAAGAAGAGGAUGAUGACGACGAUGAAAUGGACGGCAGUGAUGACGACAAUAGUGACAAUGAUGAUGGUGAUAAUGGUGAUCGAAAUAACAGUGACAACGGGAACAGCGGAAGUGAUAGUGAUUCCGACAGCUGGGGUACCCUUUCUACAGGGGACCUUGGAGAAAUUUUUUUGGAAUUUUAAAGAAGAAUAUUCAGCUGCCAAGCAAGCUGAUGGCAUUCCAUAAUAAGUGCAUGAUAGGAUGGAUUCUUACGCCCAUUAUCGUUGAUAUACUCAAAAUUAUUUCAAUACCAAGCCGCAUAAAAAUGCUGUUGUAUAACGUAAUCCUCGUCCAUAUGCCUAGGUUCAAAGUAUAUAGUAGCAAUAUCUUUCCUAUCUCUAAGCUGCAACAAGUGAUAUUGUCCAUCGACGAGACAGUAGUCGUAACUGGAUCGCCAGUGUUACAAAUGAAAGUUCGAAAAACAUGUACUUAUAGCUCUCAAUUGGGAAAAAAUCAAAUUUUUGCGAGGUUUCAUUUGCAUAAACGUGAAAUUUAUAAUUAUAUGACGCUACAAAAGAAGUUGUAAGAAUCUAUUCUUGAUCAUUAUCCUGCGUACUAAAUUUAGUGAUUCAACAUAAUUAUUGAUUUGUAAAUAAAGAAAUUGGUUUAAUCACACUGUUUUAUUACCUCAAAGCAUCAUUAUCACCACGUCAAUGAGCGCAUAUAGAAGAACAGCAGGAUCGUUGGGUCCCAAAUACAGGGUGUUUAAAAAAACUAUAUUUCCAGAUCAGAAAGUGCAUCCAAAAAUAACAUAAAAAGUUAAUAUAAGCAUGUGUGUAAAAUUCCACUAACUUGAGUACAUUUACAAUGUUAAAUGGAUUCAAGUUUUCAAUUCAAAUAUUUAAACAAUUUUUUUACAAAAAUUCUGGAGGAAAAUUUGCAGUCGAUCCCAGGUUCUAUGUUGAGCCGCAAAAGUUUUUGUUUGUAUUGCUUAUGAUGUUAGUACUGCGUGUACAAAAUUUUAAGUUCAUAUCUUUAUCUACUUGAUGGAGAUCAUUUUUCACAAUUUUUAAAUCUCGAUAAGGCGCUGUUUAAGACCCAUGUAUCAACUUUCAUUGUCGUUUUUGGGCCUAGUUUCUGCUUAAAAAAUAUUACCACUACUUUUGGAAUCACCCUCUUAAAUGAUGACUGGCUGUAUGUCGUGGAGACCCAUCCUUUGUGUGUGGUUUUUCAUUUGAGUAGCAAAACACUGUCUUUGGCAUUUUGGAUGCUUAACAAGUUUGUUUGUGUUUAACGCACAGAUGGGGACAACAAUGAUAACGAGAACAAUGAAAAUAAUGAAGAUGGUGACGAUGACAAUUCUGACAGUUGGAGCAGCAUAUCAUCAGUAAGCACUAAUGGCAGCUCAGGCGAUUCAAUAUUUAGUGAUAUACUUUUGUCCUUUGAUUAACACACAUUAUUUUGAAUUUACUUGUGUAUAAUUGGAUCUCUGAAAAUAACU